CAACUUUCGUACCAGGGUCUUGACAAGCAUGACAUGUAAAAGUCUGGAUACCCACGUGACACUUCGUCACAGCGCUUGACAAAACGAUCAACAAGGAAGAGUAUACCUCGGAUGCAGAUGGUGGAACUGAUGGAUUGUUCUGUGUGCUUACUCCGCCUGGAAGGAAUACCCUUUCAUCCCUCAGGGCAUAUCUGGUCAUCAAAACACAUAUUUAAGGCAUCGAUUGUCAAUAGCCAUUACAUCCGCUUAUAGUUGCUUCGUGUCCCCACCCUUACCGAGUCACAACAUAUGAGGGUGACGUGAAGUCGGCCAGGAUGCCUUUCGCAAGUACAGGGACACUGCCGUUGUCCAGUAAAGAUGUGCUUUCUUUCACAUUCGAUGACCCUCAAUAUCCUAAGGACAAACCGAUUUUCAUCGACCCAGAAGACAAUUCGAGGCACUACACCUAUGCAACGGCAAGAAAGACUGUUACUCAAUUGAUCGCCGGUCUCAGGGCUUCGGGGAUUCGACCAGGAGAUGUUGUCUGCAUCCACAGCUUCAAUUCGAUGCUUUAUCCUCUUCUAGUCCUCGCCAUAAUCGGUGCAGGUGGAAGGUCAACCGGAACCAAUCCCAGUUAUACCAGAGCGGAGCUAAACCAUGCCAUAAAGCUUGCCAAAGCCAAGUUCGUCUUUGCUGAACCGGAAAUCCUACCCAACAUGAUUGAUGCGCUCAGAGACAACAAGAUUGAUGUCGGGAAGGGUCUCUUCGUCCUCGACACCCUCCCCAGCCAAAAGGUGCCUCCAAAUUUAAAAUCAUGGCGGUCUCUUUUGGAGUAUGGAUCUCAGGAGUGGGUCCGCUUCGACGAUGAGCAGAGGUCGUGUAAUGAAGUUGCCCAAUUGUACUACACCUCCGGCACCACCGGCCUGCCAAAGUGUGCCAUGACAUCUCAUCGCAACCUCACGGCUCAGCAUCAGAUGUUCUUCGAAGCAAAUCCACGAGACUACCCAUACCGAGUUGCCCUCUGUAUGCCCUUCUUCCAUGUUGGCAUCGCUCCGCAAGUAUUCAUGUCUGUCAUCAAAGAAGGAAGAGAAGCAUACGUUAUGCGUCGCUUCGACUUAAUCCCGUAUCUCAAUUACCAUGCCAAAUAUCAGUUGACAGAAAUCUUCUCUGUUCCACCCAUGGUCAACGCAAUCGUCAUGAGUGGGCUAGCGGAUCCAAAAUCAAAUAACUACCGCAAAGAUUGCAGUCUCAAAUCUGUUCGGAACGGGACAGUAGGGGCGGCGCCUUGUUCGGGCGAUUUACAGCGAAGAUUCAACGAGCUGUUGGGUGACGGUGCCACCUUCACGCAGGUAUGGGGUAUGACUGAAACAACCACCAUGUACAACAUAGUCCCAUGGGAUGUGGCACGUAAAUGUUCCAGGGGCGAGCUCGAUGCUUGGGGAAAUGUCGGUGUCCCUCUACCCGGCAACACAGCAAAACUGGUCGACCUGGACGGAAUCGAUGUCACCGAGCAGGGGAAAGGGGAGUAUUGUGUCAAGGGUCCCACAAUUGUUCUGGGGUACUUCGAUAAUGAAAAGGCUACUGCCGAAAGCUGGGAUUCCGAAGGAUACUAUAAGACUGGGGAUGUCAUGCAGGUCGACAAAAAGACCGGCAUGAUGUAUUGUGUGGAGAGAGUCAAAGAACUCAUUAAAGUCCGUGGAUUUCAGGUCGCACCGGCAGAAUUGGAGGGGGCCUUAACUGAGCAUCAAGACAUUGUCGACGCUGCUGUGAUUGGGAUCACUCUCCAGGACGGCACAGAAGUUCCGAAGGCAUACAUUGUGAAGCGGCCGAAUUCGUCGCUCACCGAAGAACAAGUCUACCAGCAUAUGCGGGCUCGGUUAGCAGGGUACAAACAGCUGGGAGCUGUCCAAUUCGUGGAGGAUAUUCCAAAGCUUCCCAGUGGUAAGAUUCUGAAGCGCGUGUUGAGGGAGGAGAGUAGAAAGGACGGUCUUCGAAAGCCUGGUCCGAAGUUAUAG